UUAUUUUAGCUCUUUAUCUGACGGAAAUGCCCUCAUCCUCUUUGUAGAUCGCGCUCCUCAAAGGUUAGGGUUUUGAAGCCAUGGCUGCAGCUUUUGGAGCUCUUGGAUUAGUAUGGCCUUCUACUCCGCCUUUGGACUCGUUGUUUCGGUGUCCUAGGCGUCGCCGGAGAGCCAUCUUGCCCGGGUACGGUGGAUGGAGGGCGAUGGUGCAGCAGCAGUCGACGCAGGGAGCGUCGGUGUCGUACGCCAGGGAAAUGGAGCGGCUUUCUGCCAAGGAAUCACUUCUUCUCGCUUUUAAGGAUGCCGGGGGGUUUGAAUCUUUUGCUGGUGGGAAGACGACGGAAAUGCAGAGGAUUGAUGUUAAUGAGAGAAUUGUUGGUCUUGAGCGACUAAAUCCUACUCUUCGUCCCACGACUUCUCUUCUUAAUGUUAUGGCAGUUGUGGAGUGGGUUGUUAUUUAUUCGGGUGAGAUGUAUGCUCAAUUAUGCAGAUCACCAUUUCUAGAAGGUAGAUGGAAUUUUGAGUGGUUUGGUGCUGGUAGCCCAGGGUUAUUUGCUGCAAGAUUUCUGUUUGAGAGGUCUCCUGCAACUCUUGCAAACUUGUUGGCAUUGGACAUGUUGAUCAAGGAUGGAAAUGCAAAUGUCACGGCAAAUUUAAAAUUUUUUAACUCAAUUGAUAGCAAGUUUCUUUUAAGGGCCAAAUUGUCAGUAGAAGGGCCUACUCGAUUGAAAGAAGAGUAUGUUGAAGGUCUUCUUGAAACACCAACAGUUAGUGAACAGGCAAUACCUGAACAGCUAAAAGCUGCAUUUGGACAAGCAACUGGUGCCUUGCAGCAACUACCAGCUUCUGUAAGGGAUGCCUUUGCCAAUGGAGUGACUGUUCCACUUAGUGGAACAUUUCAGAGAUUGUUCAUCAUCUCCUACUUAGAUGAAGAAAUACUGAUUACAAGAGAUUCAAUGGGAGCGGCUGAUGUCUUGACAAGGCAAGAUCCGGCUCCAGGACAGAUUGCUGCUGACUCGGUUAUUACUGAAUACGAAAGCUAAACACUUGUGCCAAAUCCAUAUAUAUGUGUAUAUAUAUAUAUAUAUAUUUAAAUAAAUACACACGUGUGCAGCAUCCCUUUGCUAUUUAUUUCAAGAACAAAUGCUCAAUGAAAUUAUAUCAAGACGUGAUGAGCUUCACAAUUUCUCAA